AUGACAGUCCGUAUUGAGCCGGCGCAAUUUCCUCGCGAUCUGGACGUGAUUCAUUCCUUGUUUUCGGGUUACGCGGCGUCCCUCGGGAUCGAUCUCACUUUUCAAUCUUUCCAAGACGAACUCGAUUCUUUACCCGGCAAAUAUGCAGAGUCUCAAGGAGGGUUUCUUCUGAUCGCACGAGCCGUGGUUGAUCAUCCUGAUCACAUUUUUGCAUCUCAUUCGACAACACCUACUCUAAACCCGAUGACCCCGCGGAUCUCUGCCGUCGGAUGCGUGGCGUUGAGGCGCAGUUCAGAUAAUUGGUGUGAGAUGAAACGUCUCUAUGUGGCCGAAAACGCGCGAGGCUUGAAGCUCGGUGACAGACUCGUUGAAGCGAUCGUUGCACAAGCCAAAGGCUCUGGUUACAGGGGCAUCCGUUUGGACACGCUGCCCGAGAUGACUGCAGCACAAAGACUGUAUCGUCGAUACGGAUUUGUGCAGAUUGAACCUUACUAUGACACACCGAUCGAUGGCACGAUUUUUAUGGGCUGCGAUUUCACUCUCUCAUGA